UACGCCCACGGGUACAUGUCUUCGCCCGCCGCCCGCAACUCCGCCUGGAGGUUCGGCUUCGAUACGCCUACGAAUUACAAUGACAGUGAGCUCUUCUGCGGCGGACGAGAAGUGGGUAGAUUUCGAAAAAUUCCUGUGAAGAUGUUCUCUGUGAAGCAAACAGGGCACGUGGGGCGUUGUUCCCUAAUGCCUUUGUUUGUUUUAUUUUCGCAGGUGCAACACCGUAUAAAUGGCGGUCGCUGCGGCGUGUGCGGGGACGACUGGCGGCUGCCGGAGCCACGACCCCACGAGCGAGGCGGACGCUUCGGCCGCGGCGUCGUGACCGCCAACUACAGCGAGGGUCAGGUCGUCCCCGUGACCAUCCACAUCUCGGCCAACCACGAGGGUUUCUACGAGUUCCGACUGUGCAGCAACAACGACCCGAGUGCGAGGGAUUCCCAGGAGUGUUUGGACGAGCAUUUCCUUGCCAUGGCGGAAAUCGGUGGUCACCGCUACACCCUCGCCGGCUCCAUCCACGGCGACCACACCGUGCAGGUGAAGCUGCCAAAGGGUGUCGCCUGUACCCACUGUGUCCUGCAGUGGAAGUGGACAGUAGAUGAGCCUAUUUUGCAUCCGUGAGCCUAUUCCUCUUAGCUAACAAUCCAGGUUUUAGUAGCGUAUGUAUGAACGACCCGCCUGACACAGUGUCCGGGGGCACUCCCAUGGUGUGAAUUAACAUCCUUUCAGUGUCUGAUAUAAGAAAAAAUCAAACUUACCGUCUCCUCAACAUCCGCACAGAGUGAGACAUUCGUGUUACUAAGUAUGACGGACUGACAUGUAAUCUUUGUUUUCUCAAGUGCCUAUUGUGUCCCCCUUUCGACACCUCUUGGGAAGUCAGAGCUAUGGACAUCACAUGCUAACGUAGUAAGGAUGGGAAAAUGUUCCUAUUGAGGGAUCUAUAAAACGAGUAAGGAAGUCUUCUACUAUACGAAAGCGACCCUCUCCCAGCAACAAAGGAUAUUCUUCCUUUCAUCCUCUUGUGGUAAGGGUGGGAUUAGCAUCUACUUUUCUUACCAAAAGAGGAAGGGUUUGAGAAUCGGCUUUGGGAAUUCUCUCUCUCCCUACCAUGAGAGUGCGCUUCCCUCCCCCUGUUACCUCAUAAAACUGCCAUGAUUAACACCCCAUUCCACACUGUUCCCAUCUUUGAAGUCCUGAGUAGAAUCAUUCUCUCAUUUUUGCAGCGUUAUCACGUGAUGUACAUAGUUUUCGAUGCGACAAGCUAGAGGCGCACGAAAUAAAUGCAGGUCCCUCACA